CGUUUGUCAUCUACUGCUCGCCUCGUCGUAUCCCACCGCGAAACAACCGCCCGUCUCCCCGAGCCGCCCGGCAUUUAUCCAAACACCGCCUUCUUCCUACGCCCUCACCGCACUGCGUGUCGCAGACCGGCGAUGUCUUGCCUCGCCGCGUCCUCGGCGACGCCGCCAGCGUCAAGGCCUACGGCCCAGCGUCUGUUUGUUGCGGUGGCCGCUCCUCCCCGUUGGCGGUCCGUUGAGCCUCAUUGCGCUGUAUGGAGGAGUGAAGGCCCCCGGGCUCUAACGAUGCUACGGAGGUGCUCUCCCGCCGGCGACUCCAGGGCGCCCGGAGACGGCAGCCUAUCCAGUUUUUGCAUUAUUGAAGGCCCAGAGACAAUACAAGACUUCGUUCAGAUGCAAUCACAAGAGAUUCAAGACAACAUCAAGAGUCGGCGCAGCAAAAUAUUCCUUUUGAUGGAAGAGGUCAGACGACUGCGGGUGCAGCAGCGAAUCAGAGCUGCUGAAAGCAGAUGUUCCAGCAGUGAAGAAAAUGAGAUGCCGGAGAUGCCAUCUACCAUUCCGUUUUUGCCUUAUACGUCACCAAAGACAAUGAAGCAACUCUACUUGACAUCAUUCUCUUUCAUAUCUGGGAUAAUCAUUUUUGGUGGCUUAAUAGCCCCAAUACUUGAACUGAAAUUAGGGCUUGGUGGUACCUCUUAUGAAGAUUUUAUACGGAACAUGUAUUUACCUCUUCAGUUAAGUCAGGUAGAUCCCAUAGUGGCGUCCUUUUCAGGUGGUGCAGUUGGUGUAAUUUCAGCCUUAAUGUUGGUUGAAGUGAAAAAUGUGAGGCAGCAAGAAAAGAACAGAUGCACAUAUUGCCAUGGGACAGGAUACCUGCCAUGUGCCCGUUGCUCUGCCAGCAAAAUGUUGUUGGGCACCAAACGCUUUUCACUUUCUACAACUGAACGCUGUUCCAAUUGUUCAGGAGCUGGGAAGGUGAUGUGCCCAACAUGCUUGUGCACGGGAAUGGCAAUGGCAAGUGAGCAUGACCCACGUAUAGAUCCCUUUGACUAAUGUUGGGCAAUUUGUCGUGUGCCUGCUUAAUGCUAUUUCCUUUUUCUAUCUAGCUGUUGUUUUCUAUGGCUGUGGUAGGGCUUGAAUCAGUCUUCGAUGUAUGCUACGAGUUAUAGCGAGAUGAAGUUCGCAGUAAUGAUGAUCAGAUCAAAUACUGAA